AUGAGUAACAUUGGAGACGCUGCUAAAAACAAUGUAACUGUGCCUCACGUGGUAAAAGAGGAGAUCAUUGCAGCCGGGAAAUGGGCAAGACUGGAGAAGACGACGUAUGUGGACCCCUCUGGAAAAACAAGGACCUGGGAGACAGUGAAGAGGACAACACGACGGAGUCACACUGCCACAGACGGCGUGCAAAUACUUGCCAUUCUGAGCAGAGCUCACCACAAAGACUUUGUUGUCCUGGUGAAGCAGUUUCGACCACCGAUGGGGUGCUACACUCUGGAGUUCCCAGCAGGGCUCAUCGAUGGCAGUGAGAGUGCAGAGACAGCAGCCCUGAGAGAGCUGAAGGAGGAAACGGGCUACAGAGGGGAAGUUGUCAGAGUCUCUCCAGUGAUGUGUCUGGACCCUGGCCUGUCCAACUGCACCACACAGUUUGUCAUGGUGAGCAUCAAUGGAGACGAUCCUGACAACCUCAGGCCCACUCAGGAGCUCGAUGAUGGAGAAUUUAUUGAUGUCAUUCUUCUGCCUCUGGACGGAUUUCAAAUUAAAAUUGAUGAGUUGCUGCAGAAGGAGGAUAUGGUGGUGGACGCCAAGGUCUACAUCUACUCUGUGGGACUGCAGGCCUUCACAAAGCCCAGUGAGAUUCCAGCAGUGAGGCAGUGA